CCCACUCACUCUUCACUUCAACGGUUCAACCAAAUAUCAAUCAUCUAUUUUAGGUCCUUACUCAUAAGUCAACUCUCAUGUCUUCCUCUAUAAAUACCCUACACAUCCCUCAAUUCUAUAUCAUAUUCCUAAAAACAAUCAUAGCAAAAACAUAUAUCCUCAAAUUAAGAUCUCAUCUCUCUCUCUCUAGCCUCGAUAUGGAUCAUGAGGAAAUUCCAUCAAUGCCCUCAACGCCGGCUACAACCCCGGGGACACCAGGAGCACCGCUCUUUGGAGGAUUCGAAGGGAAGAGGAAUGGACACAAUGGUAAAUACACACCAAAGUCACUUCUAAAAAGCUGCAAAUGUUUCAGUGUUGACAAUGAAUGGGCUCUUGAAGAUGGAAGACUCCCUCCGGUCUCUUGCUCUCUCCCUCCCCCUAAUGUCUCCCUCUACCGCAAGUUGGGAGCAGAGUUUGUUGGGACAUUGAUCCUAAUAUUCGCUGGAACAGCGACGGCGAUCGUGAACCAGAAGACAGAUGGAGCUGAGACGCUUAUUGGUUGCGCCGCGUCGGCUGGUUUGGCGGUUAUGAUCGUUAUUUUAUCGACUGGUCACAUAUCCGGGGCGCAUCUCAAUCCGGCUGUCACUAUUGCCUUUGCUGCUCUCAAACACUUCCCUUGGAAACACGUGCCGGUGUACAUCGGAGCUCAGGUGAUGGCCUCCGUGUGUGCGGCGUUUGCACUGAAAGCAGUGUUUGAACCAACGAUGAGCGGUGGCGUGACGGUGCCGACGGUGGGUCUAAGCCAAGCCUUUGCCUUGGAGUUCAUUAUCAGCUUCAACCUCAUGUUCGUUGUCACAGCCGUAGCCACCGACACGAGAGCUGUGGGAGAGCUGGCGGGAAUUGCGGUAGGAGCAACGGUCAUGCUUAAUAUACUCAUAGCUGGGUAAUUUCUUGAUUUCAGUUGUUGUACAUGUAAUC